AUGUCACCUUGUUUAAAUGUGAAUGGAUCAAACCAUAAUGGAGUCAAUCUCGACUUGACUUGCGUAUACCCUUCGGGGUUUGGUUUCAAAGAAAGAAGGACAACAGAAGACCUCGGAUACGCAAACCAGCCCCACCAACAGCACACUCUCUCUCCCUCUGCCUUUGUUUUGUACGUCGGGUUUCGUGCAAUCUAUAAGAGGAGAUUGGUUUGUCCACUCAGUCUUCUAUACUUGCUCUGCAGGUUUAUUAUGAUGUGCUUGCGCUUUGCAACUGCUGCUGCUCCUCCUCACGGCCCUACUGGCCAUGGUUUUUGCGAGAAAGGUUUGAAGAUGAUAGUGAUGCAGCUGAUGAUUGCUGUAACGAGUAUGCUCUGUUCCAACAUUGAGUGUUAAAGAUCUAUCGGCUUUAGGUAGUGUUGGAAUUUAUGGAUUAAUGUACUUUAGGUUUGAGAUAGGGAAUGAAGCCAUCGGUCCGUGUAGUAUAGGGUAAAUGUAUUAUAUUGACAUUUACUGUAAAUUACUGAUCUAUUUUUAAGUUAGAUAAUAGAAACAGUGCUGCAGCUUCUGUUUGCUCUCUUUUUGUGUUUAGGCCACCGCUUAGCAAUAUAUCAGAAAUUUUACUUCU